AUGGGAAUGGAAGAGACCAAGAAGGCUGAGGCACAUUUGACAUCUGCUGCAGCUUUCGUGGAAGGGGGAAUCCAGGAAGCUUGUGAUGAUGCUUGCAGCAUAUGCCUAGAAAACUUCUCGGAGAGUGAUCCUUCAACUGUGUCAAAGGAGUUCCCAGUGCCCUAUGUGUUGGCAACCCAUCAGUUUGAAGGAUCCCACGAGGAGUUACUUGAGGCUGUAGAACAGGAGAGGAAUUUUAGGUUUAACCCAUCAAGAAAUGCUACCAUAUUUCAUCAUCCAACCCUUGGGGACUUUGAAUUACAGCAUUUGCCAGUGGGUGCAAAUGACGCUGAACUUGAAGAGCAAAUAAUCCAGCACUUAGCUGCUGCUGCUGCAAUAGGGCGGCGUCAUAUUGCAAGAAGAGAAGGGCAGCGGAACAGGUCAUCAGGUCAAGGUCGUCCACAAUUCUUAGUAUUCUCAAGUCAACCUAAUGAAUCUCCUGCUGGUUCAAUCUCUUCCUCUCCAACUCAGAGAGAAGGUGAACCCAUUUCUGCAAUCACAGUAGCAACACCAUCUGCCCCAACACUUGAAUCUUCUCCACAACCUAUCACAUCGCUAUCUACUAAUGCCCUGGCUGAUCCAUCUCCUGCUUCAGCUUCUGGAUCCAGUGUUAUCAAUCAACAUGGAAAUUCCAUGGAUAAUAGGUCUCCUGUUGAGUCUUAUCCAAAUAGUCAAGACAGAGCAGGGCCAUCGGAACUUCAAUCAUUUUCAGAGUCUAUCAAAUCUAAAUUCAAUGCAGUGUCAAUGAGAUAUAAAGAUUCGAUUUCAAAGAGCACUAGGGGAUGGAAAGAGAGAUUUUUCUCUCGUAAUACUACCAUCGUGGAUCUAGGUUCUGAAGUUAGAAGAGAGGUCAAUGCUGGAAUUGCGACAGUAUCUCGCAUGAUGGAGCGUCUAGAAACCAGAGACAAUAGUAGAACUGGCACCUCUUCUGUGUCAAACAGUGUGGAGGAUGGUUCACUUGCAGAAUCUAACAAUCACCAAUUGCCGGAGGUUGGUGGUGGCAAUGCAACGAGUGAUCCCAAUACCGAUGGGCAAGCUUCACGCGCUGCAACUUCUGGUUCUGUUUAA